AUGACCGCGUUGCUGACCCCUGCAGGUGGUACUAUUGAUCCGGGAGACGCAGCAGCUGUCAUCGCCAACGCGGCGGUGACAAUCUUGCCCGAGGAGAGCCCAGGCGCCAGCCCAGCCACCAUGCAAGCAGCGGCAGCGCAGAACGUGCUUCAGGCGCUCUGCGUACGCCAAAACAGCACGGCUGCAGUAGGCAGCCUGCAGGAGGCGCCAGCCGAGGAGCCCGCGCAGCCUGCGGGAGGCGCCAGUGCCGACAGCCACCAGCCGGCAGAGGAGGCCGACGGCGAGCCCGUCGACCAGCGCGGGGCCGACGGCCCCCACCCCGACGGCCCAGCCGAGCCCGACGGCGCGCAGCGUGUCGCCCACCUCGACGGCUCCCAGGCUGCAAUCCUCGUCAGCGGCUCCCAGCCUGACGCCGCAGUCGGGGAAUGGGAAGAGCCAGCAGAGGAGGCGCAGCGAAGUGAUCCUGAAGAUCUACCAGCGGAGCAGCAGUCGGACGACGACAACGCGAAGGACGAGGACAUUGAGGCCCUGCUCGCAUCGCAGGGG